GAAAUAAACCUGCACAGUAGAUGUAGUUCUGCUAUAGUGAUAAAUACAGAAAACAAUUCACUUUUCCAGUUUCAACUUUAACACAAUCUACCGUUCCUGCACCUUUGUCUACACAACCGUCAACAUUGAUGUCAGUUUCACUUCCUUUAGAAUCAACAUCUACAGCACCAAACACCGUGGACCUUACAACUGAAGCCGUGUUAACAACCUCUACAUUACCCGUAUGUCCAUCGCAGUAUAUACUGAGCGGAAAUAAAAAGUUAUGUAUUUCUCUUGUGCAGACCAAAAUGUCACGUAACGAUGCCAAAACAGAGUGCGGAACAACGACCAACAGCGUAUUACUAUUGAUUGAUUCAGCUGAAACACAAAGUACUGUUGAAACUUUCCUGACGCAACAUUUUGGCUCAGGAUUGUCGGAGAAUGAAUUGUGGAUAGAUGGAACAUAUCAGAAUUCACAGUGGUCAUCAUCUUUCGGUGUAUUAACAUAUACAAACUGGGAAAAGUCCAGAAAGGGAAGGGAAGAUUGUAUUCUAUUUAAGAUGAAAAGUGGCAAGUGGAAGCCCUCUAAAUGUAAUCGUGAUAAAUUUUUCUUAU